AUGGUUAAAGAAGCAGCUCUUGAAAGAUUGUUGGUCCAUGCAAAGAAGAAUAAUUGUGAAAUCAGUGAUGAUCUAGAGUUUCGAAUUGACCCGGUGACUGGUGUAGGUGCAUACUUGAAGCAUAAGCUACAUAAUAAGGAAGCCCUCAUAAAGAUAUCUCAAGAUUUCAUUUUAACUAAGGCUGAAGCGCUUCAAUACUUUGAAAUUGAUAGUUGUUCUUCAUCAAACCCUAACGCGAUUACUCAGUUGUAUUUAAUCGCAUUGCAGUCCAAUCAGUCAGCGAAAUGGCAACCUUAUUUGGACGUAUUGCCAUCUUUGGACGAUAUUUCGAGCCCUUUAGUAUGGCAGCCGCAUGAACUAGAAAUAAUUCGUGGUUCUGACCUAUACAUAAAAACCAAACGGAAGCUUGCCUCUUUGCUAGACGAAUGGUAUGAGAUUUUAACGGAACUGAAUUUGUGCAGUGAAAAAGCGAAGAAGUACUAUGAACUUCAAGAUAGAGACAAUAUAGCUGUUGAGAAAUGCUAUUCAGUGGAUUCUUUUGCUGCCUAUCUGUGGGCGCAUUUGAUAUUUUCUUCGAGGGCUUUUCCAUCCAUAAUUUAUGAUAAUUCAGCGGGUUUGGAGGAGGGCUUUCUUCUCCCAAUCGUCGAUCUUUUAAAUCACAAAAGUGACACGAAGGUACACUGGAAGUCAGAAGGUUCCUUUAUAACAUUUAGUUCCGAGGAAAUAAUUGAAGCCAAGGGUGAAUUGUAUAACAAUUAUGGUGAUAAAUCAAACGAGGAGCUUUUGCUCGGAUACGGUUUUGCAAUUGAUUCCAACCCACAUGAUGCCACGUCUAUAUCUUUGAAACUAGAUGAAAAAACACUAUCUGAAGCAUCAAAUUACGGUACUGAAAUCAACCCGAACAACGUAUCUGGUGAUUCCGUUAGAUUCGAUAUUUCAUUGAAAGAUCCACUUCCAGUUCCGUUAAUUAAGCUCUUUGGAUUUAUCUCAAAACUAAAAUCAGAGAAAAACAUUACUGUACGUGCCGUGCUUGAAGGUCUAGAUCAACUGUAUGCUUUAUUACAUCAAAAGAUAGCUAUUUUCAAAGCUAAGACCAAAUUCGAAUCGCAUAAUAUCCGGAACGAAUCGAUCAUAAAGAAUGCAAAAAUUUACUUAACAGGACAGCGAAGGCUUUUUCAUUCCUCUCAGGAAGAACUGCAAAGGGAAAUGAAAGCUAUUAUGAAGAUUUAUAAACCAGUGUCUUUCAAAUCUAUCUACAAGCUUGACCCUGAGUUUUCGAGCAGUUUAUCGUCAUGUUUAAACGUCUCAUCCUAUGAAGAGCUUGUCAAGAAAGGUCUUGCUCAACAUGCACUUUUACUCUGGAUUGUCAAAGCUCACAAUGCUAAGUUUUAUAAAAGUCCCCACUCGCCUUCAUUCGUUAGCGAUACCUUUAAUGAUGUCGAGCGCAAUAUCACGAUCGAAAAGGACGAUGUCUUAGAAUACAUGCAAUUUUACCAAGCGUUUUUCCCUAAUCUCUCACAGAUGUUUCCUAAAGUGUACAGUGUAGGAAGUUGGUCCAUAAAGGACUUCAUUAUCGCUGGUGUGGUGAUGGACCGUAUUGUAUGGUUGAGAAUGGCAAGCAAUGAAUAUUUCCUAUUCGAAAAGCAAACAUUUGAUUUCAAAAGAUCCUAUUCCUAA